GUUCUUGCUGCUACCUCCUGAAGACACUCUGUUCUCCCUCCUGAACAGCGGGCAAGACCAAACCCAUGGAAUGGAGGAACCAAAGUGGGAGAGUAAGUGAGUUUGUGUUGGUAGGCUUCCCAGCUCCUGUGCCACUGCGGGCACUACUGUUUGCCAUCGCUCUGCUGGCCUAUCUGUUGGUCCUGAUUGAGAACACACUCAUCAUUGUGGCAGUUAGGACCCACCCCACCCUCCACAAACCCAUGUACUUCUUUCUGGCAAAUAUGUCCUUCCUGGAGAUCUGGUAUGUGACUGUCACUAUUCCCAAGAUGCUAGCUGGCUUUGUUGGGUCCAAACAGGGCCAUGGACAGCUAAUUUCCUUUGAGGGCUGCAUGACACAGCUCUACUUUUUCCUGGGUCUGGCCUGCACUGAGUGUGUCCUUCUUGCUGUUAUGGCCUAUGAUCGUUAUGUGGCCAUCUGCCAUCCUCUCCGCUACCCCAUCAUUGUCAGUAGCCAGCUGUGUGUGCAGCUGGCAGCCAGCUCCUGGGCUGGAGGUUUUGGUAUCGCCAUGCUCAAAGUUUUUUUCAUUUCUCGCCUCUCUUACUGUGGCCCAAACACCAUCAACCACUUUUUCUGUGAUGUCUCCCCAUUGCUCAACCUUUCAUGCACUGACAUGUCCACAGCAGAGCUUACAGACUUUGUCCUGGCAAUUUUUAUCCUGCUAGGGCCACUUUCUGUCACUGGGGCCUCCUACAUGGCCAUUGCUGGUGCUGUGAUGCGCAUUUCCUCAGCUGCUGGGCGCCAUAAAGCCUUUUCUACCUGUGCCUCUCAUCUCACUGUUGUGGUCAUCUUCUAUGCAGCCAGCAUCUUCAUCUAUGCCCGGCCAAAGGCACUCUCAGCUUUUAACACCAACAAGCUGGUCUCUGUACUCUACGCCGUCAUUGUACCAUUGCUCAACCCCAUCAUUUACUGCUUGCGCAACCAAGAGGUCAAGAGAGCCCUACGCCAUACUCUACAUCUGUACCAGGGCCAGGAUGCUAAGCCUGGGAAAGCUAGAAGAGGUGGGUAGAAGGGAGGUGUUAAGUCUUAGAAAAUAUUCUUAAAUUUGGGGUCUAUGUCUUCUAUGAAGUUCAGAGGAGUUUUAGGGCCUAAAUUAGGGA